GUCCGUCAGAUGAUGUGGCUGAUGGAUCAUAUUUUUAAAUACACAAACUUUGGCAUUGUGUCUCUAAUCCAUGGAGACUUCUUUAUAAGACAGGGAAGAGCACACCGUGACCAGCAGCUUGUGUUACUCAAGGAGCAUCUAGAAAAAUAUUACAGGAGCCGUAAUCGGAAAUGGAUUGUUUUAUUUCCAGAGGGUGGCUUUCUUAGGAAAAGGAGAGAAACAAGCCAGGCAUUUGCCAAGAAAAACAAUUUGCCAUUUCUUAAACAUGUCACCCUGCCGAGACUUGGGGCAACACAAGUAAUUCUGAAAACUCUUGUAGCGCCGCAAGAAAAUGGAACUCCAGCAGGUAGAGACGCUGUGAUAAAAGAGAACAAAUCCAAAGGCCUCCAGUGGGUGAUAGAUACAACCAUUGCGUAUCCCAAAGGUGAACCUAUAGACAUCCAAACUUGGAUUCUUGGCUAUCGACAACCAACAGUUACACAUAUACAUUACAGGAUUUUUCCAGUUAAAGAUGUACCUGCAGAGCCUGAAGCUCUUACACACUGGCUAUAUCAACGAUUCAUUGAAAAGGAGGAUCUCUUGACACAUUUCUAUGAAACAGGAGCUUUUCCUCCACUGCAGGGUCAAACAAAAGCUAUUUCUCGGGAGAUGACCCUCAGUAACCUGUGGCUAGUGGGCAUACAAUCACUUGCAUUUUUGUCAGGCGGUAUGUGGUACUGCAUCUUUCAGUAUUUUUAUCAUUGCCUAUUUUAAAAGUGGAAUGGGACCUGAGGACACAGUGGGAAUCCAGGCUCUUGCAAAUGAGUGUCAUGUUGUGUGUGCAAAUGUGAAUAUUCAAGAGUAAAGGCAAAUACUGGACGGACUCUUACCUCUCUUUGGGGAAAUUUUAAACUCCACUAAAAGUGAAGGUCGGUAACAUAGUGACCUGAUGAUGUAUUAUUUUAAGAAUUGUCUGUAUUUUUAAAAAUGUAUACUCUCACCCACACUUAAGCAAAUUCAGCAUUUGGACAAAAGGUGCAAUCGUACAACCACCGUAGAAGAAUGUCUGUGACAAGAAAGCUCUGUCACCUCAAGUAUUUCUUGGCAUUGUAGUUAGAGCUCAGAAAAUUCAGCAACUUGUCUCUUCAGUAGUCUGUACAGCAUCUGUGUGGUAGAGAUUCCUCAUUUGCACAACUUGUACUUUAUGGCAACUCAUUGUGCUGGAGUCAAAGAUACUCAGCAGAGCUGGUGGCGGUAUCUUUGCGGCUACACAGUCAGCAGUUGUUGUAUUAGACACGUUGAUCUAAAACCAAGACCCAAAUAAGAUCCAGCGUCAGGUGUGUUUUGUGAGGAAUUGGUCCUCAAAAAAGCAUUGCAGCAUCAUAGUGUGAUGAAAAGCUGUCCACGUUUGCUGAAUCAGCCCAUCCCCGCUGUGGUCUUACCAUCAGCUCUCCAAAUUCUGUACGCUACCAGUAUCUCGUAUUAUGAGGAAACUUGGAAAAUGUAAAGUCACUUGCGUAAUUUUCCCUUUAUGUUCAUCUCAACUAUCAUUAUCAUUUUUCAAAAUGCACUUUUAAAAGUAAAAAUACAGUGAAGAAAAGACACAAAACUUAGGGAAUACAGGAAAGCUUUAUUUGUUGUGCGUUGGAAGCCAGAGCAAUUCUAGCUGUUUCUGAAGGUCUGCUGGUGCUGCUGGUGAUUUUUAGCCACCUUUGUAUUUUGUAUACUGCAGUCCAACCAAGGUGACCUUUGAGUGGUUUAUAGAGGCCUUUUUCUCCCCCGCUAGUUGCAACAGCACUAAAUAUACUUGUGGGAGAGUUUAAAUAAUUCAAUGCCAACCAUCUUAAUGUUUUGCUAAGGAAUAAUAGAAGAAAAACUAGUUUCUUAAAAA